AUGCAUGAGCAACGUCAUUCGAAUCGAAGAAACUCAACUUCGAUUGAUAAUAAGAAUAGAAAACGAAAAGAAUCUGAUAUAAAAAUAAACGACUCAAAGAAAAGGCUUUCAUCAAUUUAUUCGCAUGGAAAACAAGAGCGUGAAACAUUAUCAUACAACGAUAGAAAAUGUUCGAAAUUUGAAUUUGAUGAUGCUCGAUUAUUUUGUGAUGAUUGUAAUAAAUUCUAUGAUAAUAUUUGUCCACAUCAUAAACAAUCUUAUAUUCCGGAUAAAAAAAUAUCAAAAUCAUCACUAAAACGUUCACAACGAAUAUGUGAUCUGACUUGCCCAGAUGGAAUUAUUAUCAAAGCAUCAACUAUAUCGAAAGCAGGCAAAGGUGUAUUUGCAACAAAACGAUUUGAAAAAAAUACCUUCUUCGGACCCUACACGGGUACAAGACAUUCAAAUUUUAAAAGUGCUCAAGAAUCAGGCUAUUCUUGGAGUAUUGCAGAUAAAAAUGGCCAAAUGAUUUAUAUUGUUGAUGGAUAUGAUCCUAAUAAUAGUAAUUGGCUCCGAUAUAUUAAUUGCCCCAACACAAUUGAACAACAAAAUGUACAACCUAUUCAAUACGAUAGAAAUAUGUUUUAUAAGACAAUGAAAACUAUACACCCAGGAGAAGAAUUAUUUGUUUAUUAUGGAGAUGAUUAUGCACGUUUUCUUGGCAUUGAACCAUUCGGUACUGAGACAGUACAAACGAGCAUUGGUAAAAUUGUAUUACAAUUACCAAGGUUGAUUACAGUUCAUUUUAUUUAG